AUGUGCGUGUCUCCGCGGCACACGGGUUGCUCCCCGUCCAGUCGUCUCUACACCCCCACGCUCUCGUCCCUUGCGAAGUCGCGCGCUCACGGCCCGUCCGAGGCGAAAGGGCAGGAGAGGAUGCCCGCUGCGACGUCGCCGAAUGCGUCGCCAUCGUCGCCCGUGCGACGCCGAGGUACCGCCUCCCCGUUUUCGCACGGUUCGCAAUACCCGUCUCCGCCAAACAGCCCCCCCGCUUCCCCGCGCCGUCUCAGCUCCCCCAGCUCCCCCCGGCGGCUCAGCCCCCCAGGUUCCCCAAACCGCCUGGGAAGCAGGUCUUAUCCACCCCUCAGCUCCCCCGCUUCCCCCGGUCGAGGGGAGCGGAACGCGUCGUCUACCCGGCGCAACUCUCCGCCCAGCGGCUCCAGCGAGAGCGCAGAUUCGGGGGAGAGCCUGGCCACGCGCUUGCGGCGGCAGGUGCAGGAGCAGCAGCAGCAGCGGCAGCAGCGGCGGCAGCAGCAGCAGCAGCGAAGGGCACUGGAAGAGCAGCAGAGGCGCUCGGACGAACACUCGGAUUGGUCCGGCUCUCCGCGAAUCACGCUCAUGGCGGUGGGCAGGCAAGAGCCGUUUCUUUCGAGACGAAUGGAGAAAACGGCGGAGCUGACGGCGCAACUGACGGAGCUCCGUCAGAUGACGGUCGAGCUGCCGGACGAGACGGAAUCUGACGAUUCCAGUUCCGUCAACGACUGUGGUUCCGUGAACGAAGCGUCGUCGGGGAGCGGCGAGUGGGAGUCGGACGACGCGGACAGUUUCACCCGCGUGAAGCAUCUCCGUUAUAAGCUUGCUGCGAGCCCCGUAUCUGUGCUGGAUCUUAAGCAGCAGUUGGUGAACACUAAGAAACGAGGCGAGGAAUACGAUUCAGAUGCAGUGACAACGACAAGCAGCGGAGAGUUGGAUCCAUCACUCGUAUUGCGAGACUUGUCGGUUCUAGCUGACGUGGCAGCAAACGUGGGGCUCGCUGACGUGGCGGGGAUCGAGCAGGACCUGGAGUACGUGCGCCACGUGUUGCUGCUGUCCGGGUUUGCAGGAGAAUCCCUGCCUCCCCGCAGUGACAUCCCAUCGCUCAAACUCCCCGUGCGGCGAGAGGUGUUUGAGCAGCUUGAGAGGGAGAUCACAGGAGAAAGUAGCAGCAGCAGCAGCAGCUGUCAAGACAGCGAGGCUGGCAGUCAAAGCAGCAACAGUGGCACAAGGAACACGAAGGGCUCAGAGGAGCGGCGGCAGCGCAUGCUGCUGUUCGAUGCAAUCAAUGAAGCCAUCGGCCGCACACUCGCUCCGUUCCUCGACCCGCCGCAAUGGGACCUUGACACGUGUCCUUCCUCCGCUGCCCGGCCAGUCUCACUCCAGAAGCUACACCCGCGGCCUGUGGGGAAAGAUCUGCUGAAGAGAAUCUGGGUGGAGAUCCAUGAUUGGCCGAUUCCGCCGUCACCUGACGUGUAUGAUGUGCUGGAUGACGCAGCGAGGAGGGAUAUGCAGAAGGGUGUGGAUCGGUGGUCGCAGGAAGAGAUACGAGACUCUGAGGCUGCUACAGUGGCGUUUGAUUUGGAGGAGAUGAUCUUAGACGCUCUUGUCGAGGCUGCUUGUAAGGAGUACAGCGAGGCGGAGAGGGAUCGGGUGGAGCGGAGGCGAGUGCGCGAGCUGCAGAGGAACGCAGCUCGGGAGGAGCAGGAGAGGGAGAGGCGGAGGAGGAGCAUUGGAGGGAGAGCCUGCGGGGUUGGAAGCGAUGGGACUAGCAGUGGCUCAGGGAGAACUAUGGCCUGGUCUGGGAGUGCAGGGAGGAUGGGAAGGGCGACCACGCCACAAAGAGGAGCAGGAGGUACAAGGUCCAGUAGCAGUGAAAGGGCGGCUGGGAAGAGUGUGGGGCUGCACGGAGUGGACAGGACCCCUGCCAGGCCCACCACUCCUGUGAGGGCUGUCACGCCUGGGAGGGGUGUGAGGGUCAGUGGUGCAGCGAGGGUGGGUCAGAGACCUGUGGGAGGGGUGGUUAGUGGGGAUGUUGAUAGGAGGUGGAGGAACUAG